UUUUUUUUUUAUCUUUGACGAGAGAAGAACGGGACGGGUCUAGAAAGCCGUGUGAACCCAGCCUAACAGGUUACAAACAGAACGGGUGCAAACGGGUGAUAAAGGACUGUCAAAAAAUCCCAUUGAGAUCAAUGGGAUCCGUUAACAGUCCUUUGAAAACAGUUUGCAAAAGGAGUAAACGGAUUUGUAAACGGAUUGCAGAAGGGGCAUUUCCUGACGGAGCAGGCGGCUAUGUGAGCCCUUCUAAUCAAUGCUAAAGUCUUCUGUGGUGUCACCAAUGUCGGAUGUGGUGUACUUCCAUAACAUUACUGAUCGAGUACAGGAGGAUCCCUGGGCCCGCGAUCUCGUUCAUAUGGCUGCACAUAAGCAUCAGAGUGCCGAGAAGAUGCCGCUUCCUGCUCCCAUCCAUCCCAUGCUCCGCGCACACAGCAGUAGUAUCAGCACCACUCACGUGGUUAUCGCCUGUAACCAAUCACAGCGCUUCUCCCACAUAAGUCAGGCAGGGUCACUUGAGAGCCCGUCUGCUAUUGGUGCAUUUUCCUAGGCACUCAUUGGCGGGUUCUGAUGGUGGGCGGGGCUUCAGGCAGCAGGGAAGUGCUUCUUGUGUUUCUAUAUUUUCGCAGCUUCCGGUAAACACCGUUACGGAUCGAAUAAUAUUGGGACUAAGAUCUUGCCAUGUUUCGUAGAGCAGGCUGACAUGACGAAAACCAGAAUUUUCAAAUGUUGCUACAACAAUAGGAAGCAUGGAUGAAGAAGCUUGUUGUUUUAUAAGAUAACCAAGAAGACCUUUUUGGUUGGGUUGUUUCAUUUAGAUAAGAACUUAGGAAGGAAAUUAAUAUGGCUGGGGCUAUUGCUUCAAGAAUGAGCUUCAGUUCUCUUAAGCGCAAACAGCCUAAAACAUUUACGGUCAGAAUCAUGACAAUGGAUGCAGAAAUGGAAUUCAACUGUGAGGUAAAGUGGAAAGGGAAAGAUCUUUUUGACCUGGUAUGUCGCACCUUGGGGCUUCGUGAAACCUGGUUCUUUGGGCUUCAGUACACUGUUAAAGACACCAUAGCGUGGUUGAAAAUGGAUAAAAAGGUAUUGGAACAUGAUGUCCCAAAAGAAGAGCCUGUCACUUUCCAUUUUUUAGCCAAGUUUUACCCAGAAAAUGUUGAGGAAGAACUUGUACAAGAGAUUACUCAGCACCUCUUUUUCCUGCAGGUUAAGAAGCAGAUACUGGAAGAGAAAAUAUACUGUCCACCAGAAGCUUCUGUGCUGCUAGCAUCAUAUGCUGUUCAAGCUAAAUAUGGUGAUUAUGAUGCAUCUGUACACAAACGUGGAUUCUUGGCAGAGGAGGAGCUACUUCCAAAAAGGGUAAUAAACCUAUAUCAGAUGACUCCAGAGAUGUGGGAGGAGAGGAUCACAGCAUGGUAUGCAGAACACCGUGGACGCACUAGAGAUGAAGCUGAAAUGGAAUACCUGAAAAUAGCACAAGACACAGAGAUGUAUGGAGUAAAUUAUUUUCUUAUACGGAACAAGAAAGGCACUGAACUGUUGCUUGGAGUUGAUGCCUUAGGACUUCAUAUUUAUGACCCUGAAAAUAAACUGACCCCUAAAACCUCCUUCCCUUGGAAUGAAAUUCGGAAUAUCUCUUAUAGUGAUAAGGAGUUUACCAUUAAACCACUCGAUAAAAAGAUUGAUGUCUUUAAAUUUAACUCCUCAAAAUUGAGGGUAAACAAGCUGAUUUUACAGCUUUGUAUUGGAAACCAUGACUUGUUUAUGCGCCGGAGGAAAGCUGACUCGCUCGAAGUUCAGCAGAUGAAAGCUCAGGCUCGGGAAGAGAAGGCCAGAAAACAGAUGGAACGCCAAAGAUUAGCACGGGAAAAGCAAUUGAGGGAAGAGGCUGAACGGACCCGGGAUGAGUUAGAGAGGAGAUUGCUGCAGCUGAAGGAGGAGGCACAGAUGGCCAAUGAUGCCCUUAUGAGAUCUGAAGAAACCGCUGACCUUCUAGCAGAGAAGGCUCAGAUUACAGAGGAGGAAGCCAAACUACUUGCCCAGAAAGCUGCCGAGGCUGAGCAGGAGAUGCAGAGAAUCAAAGCCACAGCCAUUCGUAGUGAAGAGGAAAAGAGGCUCAUGGAGCAAAAGGUGCUGGAGACUGAGAUGCUGGCUCUGAAAAUGGCAGAAGAAUCUGAGCGACGGGCUAAAGAAGCAGAGCAGCUUAAGCAAGAUUUACAAGAAGCCCGGGAGUCUGAACGUAGAGCCAAACAAAAGUUAUUGGAAAUAACCAGCAAAACAGCCUAUACGCAAGCAGCAGGAACUAGCAGUAGCUCUGUGCCCCCUGUCGACGUGCCAAGUUUCAGCAUGCUCGGUGACAGCCUGCCCUAUGAUUUCAAGGACACAGAUAUGAAACGUCUGUCUAUGGAAAUUGAAAAGGAAAAGGUGGAGUACAUGGAAAAAAGCCGACACUUACAGGAACAGCUGAAUGAGCUGAAAACAGAAAUUGAAUCCCUAAAGUUAAAGGAACGUGAAAGUGCAAUGGACAUAAUGCAUGAGAAUUCUGGCAGCAAGCAGAAUACGAUCAAAAAGGGAAGGAGAGCAGUCUGCAUCUGAGAGUGACGCAUAGUGUGUGCCAGCUCACUUUGCAGAGUACACAAUGCAGAGUAGCAUUCUUUGAAGAACUGUAAUCCAUCACCCGUGAAUUGCAGAUGUAGAAAAUUCUCUGAAGAUGAUGGGAAGAGCCAUAUGAAGGCAUCAACACAACUGUAACCAGGGUCUUCUGUGAAUUUGUUGGAACUGCCUUUUUAUUUAAUUUUAUUUACACUAAGCCGCCUGUGUUAGCUCCAAUAUAUAAAAAAAAAAAAAGAAUAAUAGUACAAUGAUGUGACAUAUAUUUCCAUACACUGAAAGGAAAGAGUUUCUAUUUGUGCUAUGUAUCAUGCUGACAAGUGUGUAAUAGGUUGCUUUCCACUACAUUUAAGUAUCGCCUUUCCUAUUUUAUACUGUCUCUAGUGGAUAUGACCACCAUAAUGCAAUCACUAGUUUGUCAGCUGAUCGGGUUGUUUUGAACUGCUAAAAACAUUGUCCAUACUUCCGUAAUAGAUGUGUGGUCAACAGCUGAUUGCCUUUAAGGGCCUCAUGAUGACUGAUCCAUUGUGUGGCCCUCUCUGCACAACGUGUACAGGAUGGCUCAGGCCCUGUUCUAGAGCCUUUACACAAUUGUUUGUAAUUUUCUGAUGGUCUAUUAAUUUCUUAUUGGUAAGGCCAAGAAACAAAGAGGGGGCAAAUGUCUGCAGACAAUUGGCAUAAAGGUGUCUUUAACACACACACAAAAAGAGAAAUUAUCAACUUUAAAAGGUAAACUGUCUCUUUGAAAAACUUCUGACAUAUCAUAGCAAGAGUGUUUUUAGGGAUUGGUGAAGUGUCUGCACUUAGACCCCACCGAUCAAAAUUUCUGUGUCUGUAUGAUGACCAUGCCCCCUUGUUUGGCACCACAGACCGGCUAUUUAAACUCCAUUUUUCCUUUUAUAAUGUAGACACUUCUGAUUAUGCAAUUUAGGUGGUACCUUUUUAUAGUUUUUUAUGUGGUGUCAAUAAAUUAUGAUCAAUAGGUUUUAACUCUUCGGACUAUAUAUGGUAGCCCAACCAGCAGGGUUUUUUUUUUUUUUUUAACACAUAUCUCUUGCCUUAUGCUGCUAUUACAUGUCAGAAGUUUUUUUUUUUUUUUUGUUUUCUGAAAAGCAGAUACAUUUUAAAGGAAACCUCUCUUGGCUUCUUAUUUUUUUUAGUAUUUUACCGUGAAUAACUAAGUGUUCAUUUUUUUCCCCUCCUGUCAAGAACAGUGGUCAGUUUGAAGUACCAGUAAGCAGCUAACUUGUCCCCUACCAAUCAAAUGCAUUCGGUAGCUAAACACUGUCUCUACAGCUGGGGGAGGGGGGGUGGCAGUCUCCAAAAUCCUGCUAUAGAAUAGUAUCAGUUUUCUACCUAAAGCUUCUGAUGUUUUGAUAACUUUAUUAAACUGUAUCUUAAAAAUUGACUGUACAUACAAACCAUGUAAACCAUGGCACUUUCUAUAGACCCCAUCACUUUAAAUAGCACCUCCCCUAAUGUUGAACCAUGAGCAGCACGCACGAAAGACAUGGUCAGUUACAUCUUCAUACAUAUAAGUAAAGAUAACCAAGGUUAAAGGCAAACUACCCUUUCUACAAAUAGAACUGUGUUGGCUGUAAUGAGCUUGUUUGUAUUGUGUCCAUCUCAUGCUCAGGACACAUUGUCAUCCUCUGGAAGAAAGUAAUGAAAGCUGCCAUUUAUUGAUGUACGUGGACCCUUUUUAGGAAAGCUGGCAAGUAUGCCUAGCGCACAUACUGUAUGUAUAUAUGCAUAGAACACUUCCAUACUGCUGCAAGUCUCUGAGAUUUCAGCUCAGAACCAAAUUUAAAUGAUUUGCCAAAACUUUUACUGCUAAGUGAAAAGUAGGCAAGUUAUUAAAACCUGACAAGCGCUGGUAACAUAUGGUGGUUUUUAAGGUAAGCAGAUUCCAGGGUGAUGAAGCUUCAAAUAGAUGACCAAGCAAUGCGGAAUCUGUAGGCGCUAUAUAAAUAAAAUUAUUAUUAUUAAAAAAAAAUAUUAUAAACUCAUGAAUUUUUUUGUGAGAGGAAUUGCAUUAAGCUAUAUGUUUGACUACGCUGAAAAAAAAAAGUUUGCAGGCAAGUGGUUCCUUUUUACAAACACUUAUUGUACUUCAGGCCUGUUCUGUCCUGCUAGAAUGUAUCUAGCAGAUGUUUUGGCAUCCCUCAUUAGUUCAGGGGUUCUUAUUAUUGCAUACAGUUAUUAUAUUAUUAGAUAUAACACUUAACAUAUUUAAUGCUUGUACAAAAUCAUAUUGUAACAUGAAGACGAGAAUAUUUAUUAUGCAUGGUAGUUGUGUAAAUAAACAUCACGUUUAACGCAACACCAACCUUAAAGGGUAUGUCCACCUUCAUGCAGACACAUGUCGAUUUGUUACAGACUACAAACAAACCCUUUUGUAGUCUGAUAAUGCUGUUGGAUGACAGCGACAAUAUUUUGGUGGCAAAUGUGGACAUAUGCUUUUUAUUAAUAAAAGUAUUCAAGACAUGCUGCAGUUUAUGCUACUUUUCACUCAUCAUAAUGGCAAAGGCCUGGAUAACUGAGUUAUGGGGAGUUAUAUGCAUGGUUUUUGCACAUUGAGUGAAAAUAGUGGUUACAUAAUUCUUUCCCCAGAUAGUAUUCCUUUGAGGAUAAACAAAUGCAUAUUGAUGACCAACCCUACACACCACUAUUAUGUGUUUGAACUCUAGUCUGGACCACAAUUGAAGAUAAUGGUUUUUUUGUACACAUAAAACAGAAACAGUUUAGUACAAAUUUCCCAUUAACAGCUCAUAAUAUCUCAACUUCCGGUAUCUUUCUGAAUGUUAUUUUGGGAAUUGCCUAGCUACAAUGAUUGCUGUUCCAUUCAUUUGGUUGGAACGGGUAAUUUAAUGAGGUUAUUCAGCCUUGUAAAAUAGAUGACCUCUCUUUAGGAUACUCAUUCGAGCACUGGAGCCUCUUCUUUAGUGUUUAUUUUUUCUUGUCCUUGCAACACCAUACUAUUUGUAUUGGUGGUGCAAGGUACUGCAGCACUGUCCCAUUGAAAUGAUACUACAGUGUUGUGCUGUUCAUACACCACUGCUGCUAUAAUAGUACAGCAACGUAAGGUCAAGUAAACAUUAAAGAGUGCACUGCAUGCACAAUGACCACUUCAAAUAGAUGACCAGUGGGAAUGCCAGGGGUCUGACACCUGCUGAUAUAAUAUUGAUGGCCCAUCCUGGGAAUAAGACCUUAAAGAACUUAAUAACUAGUUCUGAACACUAAAAUAUUUUCUUGUUGUGCUGUUACAAAUGCUUCUUUUGUAUGACCACAGCUUGUUUUAUCGCUUUUUAUUUUUGUAUCAGAUUUUACAUUUAGUUUUAAUAGUUAACUACACAGCGUUACUCUCCUGUAGUCCCAUUGACAGUGCCACUGGUGCUUCAGGCCAUAUCACCAAAGUUGCAGGACUACCCGCAUGUUGAUAUAAAUGAGGAUGCCAUAUCUAUAAUUGAUGAAAUGGGUUUAAAUGUACCAUUCGUUGCUCCAACAAAUUGACUGACAAGUUGACUCUCUUUUGUUUGUGAAGUCCUGUUAAUUCUCUUUCUUCACCAGCCUUACACAUUUGGCAUGAGUAACAUUUUCUAAAUCUGUGACAUUGCAAGUGAGGCGGGGGACUGAGAAGAGAACGGAGGGAGUUGUUUGAAGAGAGGCUGCUGCCAUGAAAUUGUACUGACCUAAUUCCGGUUUCUCUGAUGGAUUUUAAAAAUGAAACUGCAGUAUUUUUAUAUGUAUAUUUUAUAUAUACUCUGUUUCUUCCUGCCAGUCUGGAGGUUAUUUGACUGGUGUAGGGAGUGUUUCAGUAUUGUUUUGUUAAAACAAAGUGUUGAUUUUAAAUAAAAAAAGAAAAUAUAUAUAAAAAAAAAAGUGUGUGGCUUAUUGACAUGAUUGGGCUUGUGUUUUGGGAGGGUGUAGAAUGAGACUCAUUAAUCUUGCAUAAGAUAUUAAAAGGGUAUUGUGUGUAUCCAUACACCUACUCAUAAUGUUUACAGUAAAGAAUGAUUCAUUUGGUACAGUAAUCAUGAUAAAAGAUUAUAGUUCUUUUGUUUUUUCAAAAAACAAAUGAACAGAGACCAUCGGCACUAACAUUUAAUAUGUCAAUAGAGGAAAUAAAACACAACUGAAUACAUUGUUUAUAGAAUGUUCAAGAAACAGGAAUUUUUGAGUUUAUUUAUUAUUAGUAGGGAUUCACUUGAGCAAUUUCACAGGUA